AUGGGACUGUCCGGCAGGUUCGGAGAACGUAUUUGCACGCGGAAGGCGCGCGCGUCCGUCGUUCUGUUAGUAACUUUUGAUGAAGUUCAUAUUUACACUUCUGCGUGAAUGUAAUCGCGUUACUCGCAUUGUACUGUCGCAGAACUAAAAACUCUAGUAGCCACUAGCCAGAUCUUUCUCCCCCAACACUUCGGCUUACUGUGCAGAGCGC